AUGGAUGCAGCAGCUGCAUCGGACGUACUUACAGUGACCGAGUCUAUCGACCGUCACCCAUUGGUAUCCCUCGUCUCUGCAUGUUUCUGGGUAAUCUUGUGGUUGCUAUCAUGGACGAAAUCCUUGGUCGCAUUUGUGACCAUAUCCGUCCCUCGAUUCGUGUAUGCAGUGCUAUCCUACUCAAUGACACUCACGCUCGGUUUCUGGAAUUUCGCGAUACUCUUUAUAUGUUCCGCCAUCGCGUUAAACUACUGGAUCCGAUUCAAAUACCUGAACGACUACAUGCAGCUUAAAGAACCACCACUCGUCAAACCUGACGUGAAUGAACUUCACCCUGAUGUCAAUACGGGAAUAGACCCUCCUCCCACUUUCCAUAACUAUCUAGAUGAAUUCUUGCAGGCCGUUAGGGUUUUCGGAUUUCUCGAAAAACCGGUUUUCCAUGAACUCGCCCGCCAUCUACAAACAAGGAGACUCAUAGCAGGAGAUAGUCUGUCUCUCGACCAAGACAAGAGUUUCUAUUGCGUUGUCGAAGGCACUGUUCAAGUGUUUGCACAAACCGGUCAUGCACCUGAAGUUCAACAUAGCUCAUGGGAUGACGAAGAUAUGAAUGGUUAUCAACUGCUCAACGAAGUUGGAAGUGGUGGAACACUCUCGAGUCUGUUCACGAUUCUCAGCUUAUUUACAGAAGAUGUCCAAAUGAGCUGGCAGGAUGAAUAUCCGGACGUUUCUCUGGACGAUAUGGCUUCAUUCGAUGAAACGAAUACCACUACGCUUCCGCGACGUAGAGCUCGACGGUCUAAUUCCGACGUUUCUCAAUAUGAACUUGGAGGCAGAGGAACACCGCAGAAGCAACCAAUCCGCCGCUCCUCCGUCUCUUCUACGGCCUCGACUGUGAAUGCACGGGAAUUUCGAUCACCCUUGCGGGUUCCAACUGAAUACUCGACUCAAGACGACAAUCAUAGUACAUCAGGACCGCCAACUCCUCCAUCGCAUCCUUCCAAGCCUCCCCGUCCGAGCCAGAUCCAUAGAGGAGUUGUCGCUCGUGCAACAGUUGACACCACUUUAGCUGUUAUUCCCGCCGAAGCCUUCCGUCGAUUAACCAAGAAGUUUCCCAAGGCUACAGGACAUAUAGUACAAGUCAUCCUGACCAGAUUCUCUCGCGUAACAUUCAAUGCAGCCCAUAAAUAUCUGGGCUUGACUAGCGAGGUCCUCCGUACAGAAAAGGCUAUCAACGAUAUUGCGUGUCAUCCUCUUCCUCCGUCUUUUUAUGAAGGAGGAGGGCUGCAGUAUCUACGACAUCGAUUUGAUGGAACUGGUUCGAGUGCUUCUGAAUCGGAGAGUGACUAUUUCAGCUUUUCCCAAUCUCAUCCGCCACCUCUAAAUUCCUUGUCAUCGUCCUCCGACCUCUCUAAGUCGCGAGAUUCAUCGACUGUGUCCUUAGGAAAGAUAAAUGAUAAUCCAAUCCCCAUCAAACCGUCUUUCUAUAAGCAACAAGGCAAGGCAGCCACAAUAAAAUCACCGCGCCAGAUGGUUCAAGCUGGAGAUUUAUUUGUCGCCAAAGGAAACGGGAAUGACGUUUUCCGCCCCCUCAGUCGUUCAUUCAGUCUUCUCAACACUCCUCGGUUGGGACAAAACUCCUUGGAUAACUCUGACAACACUAAGAAAUCCGUCUCUCAAAGAAGUUCCCGCUGGUCUGCCGAUGAUUUCGAUCUAAGAGAAGAAGUCAUGUCGUGUAUAGCGAAGUCUAUUGGGCUCCUGCAACCUCCCAUGAGUGGUAAUGAGUCUACAGAGGAAUUGCCCGCCUCUCCUCCAUCGGAAUAUCGUAGUACUACAACUAAGGUUCCCAGUACUUUCAACUCACCAUUUGGUUCCCUUUCGCUACUCGACCUUGGAGAUGACGCUUCUUCCAUGACUGGUGGUUCGAUUACAUCAAUGAGCAACAAUCUCAGAGGGCUGGAUAACGAAGUGGAGAUUCUCUUUUACGCUGCGGGUACGACAUUGGCCAAAGCAGGAGAGUUAAACAUUGGGCUCUUUUACGUUAUUGAGGGAUUCUUGGAUAUUCUCCUUCCGGUUGAUGAUACUAAGAAAAACCAGGCACCAUCGUUUCCAAAGACGCCUCGACCUGAGGAGCAUGACGAGUAUUGGAGGUCGCCCAGUGGCCCAACAGCCCAAAAUUCUCAGCAGAAAUUACUCUUUACUGUCAAACCCGGUGGAAUUGCUGGAUAUCUCGCCUCACUUUGUAAUACUGCAUCCUACGUCGAUAUCAAGGCUAAAACGGACACUUACGUGGGAUUUUUGCCAUUGCCUGCUCUUGAAAGGAUCUUGGAGAAGAGACCCAUUGUUCUUCUUACUCUCGCCAAACGUCUCAUCUCGUUGCUCUCUCCCCUCAUUUUACAUAUAGAUGCGUCUUUAGACUGGAUGCAAGUCAAUGCUGGUCAAGUUCUCUGGCGUCCCCAAGACGUCAGUGAUAGCUUCUACAUCGUUAUCAAUGGUCGUCUUCGUGCAAUCACAGAGACAGAAAACGGCGAGGUGACAAUUUUAGGUGAAUAUGGUCAAGGAGAUACCGUUGGCGAACUGGACGUUAUCACAAGUUCGCCCCGAAGAAGCACUGUUCAUGCCAUUCGAGACACUGAGUUGAUUAGAAUGCCUCAAACUCUGUUCAAUGCUAUUUCUGCCAGGAAUCCCCAAACUACAGCUCAGUUACUGCGUAUGAUCGCUUCUCGAGUAAGAGAUGAAGUAGAUAGUUCAUCGACAGGCCAACAAAGAAAAGCGGGCAAAGGAGGCGCAGAGCUUGGUUAUAACAACACCAAUUUAAAGACUGUCGCUGUACUUCCCGUCUCUCGCAACGUUCCUGUGGAAGCUUUUGCGAAAAAGUUGCAGCAAGCCUUAGAAGGCAUAGGCGCGUCUACUGCAUAUCUUAAUCAAGCGACAAUCGCGAACCAGCUGGGAAGGCAUGCAUUUACCAGAAUGGGAAAGCUCAAGUCGGCUGGCUGGCUGGCCAAUCAAGAACAAAGAUUUCACACCGUUUUAUAUGUUGCCGAUUCACCCGUGAACAGCUCUUGGACGCAAACAUGUAUUCGUCAAGCUGACUGUGUUAUGGUUGUCGGAAUGGGAGAUGAUCCCUCGAUUGGAGAAUACGAACGCCUCUUGCUAUCUAUGAAGACCACAGCGCGUAAGGAGCUUGUACUCCUUCAUCCAGAUAGAUCAGUUACGCCCGGCACUACCCGCGAAUGGCUGAAGAAUCGACCUUGGGUACAUCAACACAUUCACAUGGAACUUCCAGGCCUCGUUUUGCCAAUCCCGAAAUCUGCAGUCCCAAAAGAUCCAGAUGCGGUCACAGCGCUGAAAAACCUCAAAGACAAAGUUCAAAGCGAAAUUCAAAAGUACCGUCGCGGAACGGCUGAUGUUAGACCACAACGCCUCCCUCACACAAACGACUUCUCCCGCUUAGCUAGACGUAUAUGUGGCCGAUCGAUUGGGCUUGUGCUCGGUGGAGGAGGCGCCCGAGGAAUUGCGCACCUUGGUGUUAUCCGGGCACUUGAAGAGUAUGGCAUUCCCAUUGACCAUAUCGCUGGAACAAGUAUCGGCGCCUUCAUUGGCGGCUUGUAUGCUCGCGAAGGUGAUCUUAUUUCUAGCACUGGUCGUGCCAAACAAUUCAGUGGAAGGAUGGGCAACAUCUGGAGAAUUCUUUCUGAUGUAACGUACCCGAUCGUGGCAUAUACUACUGGUCAUGAAUUCAACAGAGCCUUAUACAAGGCGUUCUACGAUCUCCAUAUUGAGGAUAUGUGGCUUCCUUACUUCUGUAAUACAACCAACAUCAUUACUUCUCGAAUGGAAAUUCAUGAGACUGGAUAUGCCUGGAGGUUCAUCCGUGCUUCAAUGACCCUGGUUGGUCUUCUUCCUCCCCUUUGCGACAAUGGAAAUUUAUUGGUUGAUGGAGGAUAUAUUGACAAUUUACCAGUGGCAGCUAUGACCUCAAUGGGCGCGAGCUUCAUUUUUGCGUCAGACGUCGGCUCUAUCGAUGACAAUUCACCGAGAAACUUUGGAGAUACUGUUUCAGGAUGGUGGCUUCUCAUCAAUAGGUGGAAUCCUUUUUCCAACGCUCGUCAUGUCCCUGCUAUUACGGAAAUUCAGAGUCGACUCGCAUAUGUGUCCAGUGUUAACACUCUAGAACAAGCUAAAAUAGCCAAGAACUGCCUCUAUUUUGGUAUGCCCGUUCAAGAGUACGGUACUAUGCAAUUCGGUAAAUUCGAAGAACUAUUGAAGAAGGGUUAUCAUGCUGCCAUCGACAUUCUGGAUAAGAUGGAGGAGGAAGGACGCUUACCUGCCGCUGUCAUCGAUUGCAAAGAUGGUCAUAUCCCAGGAAAGAAGAAAGGAAGGAGUGCUCGCCGAAACUCCAUUUAA